UUUUUUUAUCUUUGUUACUCAUUUCUUGAUCAUGUGUUCACAACAUGCAGUGAUUUCCGUAAUAAUUCGUUUUCAAGUGUUAUUGGGGUUUUAAAUCCACCUGUUAAUGCUAGCCUAAGGCUAAAUGGAAAUCCAAUUUGUCGAAAUUCAAGCAUACAAAACAAAGACGAAUUCUGUGGGCCAAAAGAUUAUGGAGAAUACAUGCGUUCCUUUUCAAAAGACGCAACCGAUUGUCCAAUUCAAUCAUGUCCCACAGACAAUUACUUUGAAUAUGUUCCAGAAUCCCCAAUUCCUUGUUUUUGUGCUUCACCUCUUAGAAUCGGGUAUCGCCUAAAAAGUCCAAGCUUUUCUUAUUUUCCACCAUAUCGUGAGCAAUUCGAAACAUAUGUCACUAGUGCUCUUGAUUUGGAAUUCUAUCAACUAUCUAUCGACUCGAUUAUGUGGGAAAAAGGACCUCGUUUAAGGAUGUAUCUUAAACUUUUCCCUAAAGCUGGCAUCGAUCAUUCAAGUACAUUCAGUACAAGUGAUGUUUUGCGUAUCAAAGGCAUUUUUACAACAUGGGUAUUUCCUGGAAGCCACUUAUUUGGACCCUAUGAGCUUCUCAAUUUCACUCUUCUUGGACCUUAUUCACACUUGAAUGUUGAAACACCGAGCAAAGGUAUAAGCAAGGGCGUUUUGGUAACAACAGUAGUUAUAGGAGUCGUUUGCGCUUUAGCAAUUUCUUCAAUACUUACUGUUGUGAUCAAGAAACGACACGAGAGAUACAAGCACACAUCAUCAAGAAAAUCUUUACUCGCGAAACUUUCCAUCAAAAUCGAUGGGGUUAAAAGCUUCACUUUUAGAGAAAUGGCGAUUGCAACUCAAAACUUUAGUGAUUCGAGUCUUGUGGGGAGAGGAGUUUCACUUCUUGGAUAUUGUGAUGAGGAAAAGGAACAGAUGCUGGUUUAUGAGUACAUGCCUAAGGGAACAUUGCGUGAUUGGCUUAAUGCAAAAUCUGGAGAAGCUUUGAGCUUCCGUAUGAGGUUACACGUGGCAUUGAACUCAGCUAAAGGGAUUCUUUAUCUUCACACAGAAGCCAAUCCACCAAUAUUCCAUCGUGAUAUCAAAUCAAGCAAUAUUCUUCUCGACUCCAAAAUGACUGCAAAAGUUGCUGAUUUUGGGCUUUCAAGACUCGCACCAAUCUUGGAUGACAAUGGAGUUGGGCCUAAUUAUGUAUCCACACUUGUUAGAGGAACACCCGGUUACCUUGAUCCUGAAUACUUAUUAACCCAUAAGUUGACAGACAAAAGUGAUGUUUAUAGCCUUGGAGUUGUGCUUUUAGAGAUCUUGACUAGCAUGAAGCCAAUAUCACAUGGCAAAAACAUUGUUCGUGAGGUGAAAAUAGCUCAUGAAACAGGAACGAUGUUCUCAAUUGUAGACAGCAGAAUGGGUUCAUACCCUUCUGAAUGUAUUGAGAAGUUUGUACUUUUGGCUCUUUGGUGUUGCAAGGAUAAGCCUGAGAAAAGGCCAAGUAUGGUGGAUGUGGUGAGGGAAUUGGAGCAAAUACUUGAAAAGAUGCCAAAAGAUGAGUUGUUGGAUCCGGAUUCAAACUACUUUGUGGAAUCAUCAUCAAUGUCUUCUUUGUAUAGCUCAUCAAAUGUUCAUGGAAGUAGUGAUCUUACUAGUGGUGGUAGCCCCUUAGUGUAUCCUCGUUGAUGUACAAACAAAUUCAAAUUUUGCACAAAGAAAGGUGAAAAAUAGGAAUUGUAUAUCUAUGUGUAUAGAAAAAGUAUGAUUAUGAUGUGAGAGUUGAGAGCAAUGUAGUUUGUUGUACAUUACAACAUGGUAGAGAAGAUUUUUAUACUCUCGUUGUGAUUUUGUAUUUUCCCUUUUUCAAAAUGAAUGCAAAGUUUUUGAUUUGUUGUCA